AUGGAUAACCGCGGCGGCUUCUUCUUUUUCGUUGUUGCGGUGUACAUCCUGCUCAGCUCAUCGUCCCGCGCUCCGCUGAUCGAUCAGACCGGCGAACGUGAAAGACGGCUCAUCCACGAGGAGAAUGCGAUUAAGUUGCUGAAUGAAACCGUAUACGGCGAUUUUAGUCCUCCUUCAAAAAAGUGGCUUUCGAUACCUGGGUUAAGGCAGAAUGACAGUUAUUCUUGGGACUUGUUGCCGCAAGCACAAGAGAAGGCGAGACGGAAUAUACGACUUGCUCUAGAGAGUGGAGGACUCCAGAGUCCACCGGAGUUGGACUCACCAAACCAAGCGCCGACCGUUAAUCUAUCGUCAUUAUCGCUACCGGUGUAUCAAAACAUUACGGGAAAGCUUCGUGGAGAUUGGACUCGACAUACGUUACCUCAUGCGCCACAUAUAAACACGACCGCAUUGAUGCUAGAAAAUGAUUUUAUUACGCAAGAAUUUGGUUUAAAUAUUACAGGGGAAACUGGACGAAUAUAUGUCGAUUUCGUAAGUACCGAUGAACAGAAGAUCAAACAGCCCGGCACGCCAGUGCGUCAAAUUCGCGCAGAUCUGGCAAUUGAGACCGAUGAUUCCUGGGGCAGCACCUGGUAUAUGUCGACCUAUGGAUUACACUUUCCCGACCAGGGCGCAAUCAUCUUGACAACCACGAGCGAGAAAUAUGAUGGUCUUUUGUCCUUGCCUCAUUUGGCCCUUUCACAAGACACAUUCAAUAUUUCCCAUGAUGCUAUGGUGCAAGUACUCUCGGAUAAUAUUGCCAGAAGACGGAAUUAUGAAACCACUUUCUUUCCAUGGUCGUCGCUUCCUAGAGGAGCUCAUCCCAUGGCAUUCGCAACGCCGAAAUGCGAGUACAUAAUGUACAUACAACAACGCCCGGUCACCAUCAGCGGGAGCGCGCCGGACCGCACACUAUUAAAUCAAAUCGAGCAGGAGCUCAGGUUCCCAUUGGGAAUACCGAUUCCUCCUCCUCCAAUGAUUGAAAUGUCUUUUGUCGUGUUUUCUCCGGAUUGUGGGAUACUAAUAGAGUCGAAGGGCGCGCCUGAUUUUCCUCCUUCUGAAGAUCUCUACGUCAUCGGACCAAAACAAGAAGAAUACCGAAAAUUCGCAUCACGAACAAUAUACUCACUGGGUGCAAUCAUGACUGGACAGUUGUACUUGUUAAUGCGACAAGUAAAAGAAGCCUGUACACCAUCAACUAGAAGCCGUAUUAGUUUCUAUUCCAUUGCGCUAAUGGCUAUGGGCGAUGCAAUGGUCAUGACGAUGACAUUGCUAUCACUCUUUGCGGAUACGUCUUUUAUCGAGAUAGCGGCAACUGCGUUCCUCGUAUUCCUCUCAGUCUCUUACAUUGGCAUGAGAUUUAUGAUGGAAGUCUGGGCAGUACAGGUACCCGAGCGACGAAAUCAAGAUCGCCAACCUGAUACAAGCACCAACCAGGACACUCUACCACCACCUGUUACUGCAGCUGCAGCUGUUAGUUCUGGUGCGACUCCUGUUGUCUUACCUCCAGAUCAAACUGGGCCUGCACCUACUCCCACAACUACCACCACUACCACCACUACACCUGGGCCCGCGCAAACCGGCAAUACCAUGCCAUCACAAUCAGAAAUAGGAGCAGACGUUGGAACUAUGUACGCGCGGUUCUACUUUGUUCUAGGCUGCUUGAGUAUCGUCACGCUUUGGUCCUUUCUAUUCCCGGUUAAAGUAGGGGCGAUAUACGCCAAAAUUUUGAGUUUCAUCUAUCUGUCGUUCUGGAUACCGCAAAUCUACCGAAAUAUUAUGCGCAAUUGUCGCAAAGCAUUGACAUGGGAGUUUGUUAUUGGAGAGAGUGUCCUCCGCCUUUUUCCGUUCGUCUACUUUCUUACUGCAGAAGGUAACGUCCUUUUCAUCCGUACCGACACGACAACCGCAUUGGUGAUGAUCGGCUGGGUAUGGGUACAAGCCUGGAUCCUGGCCAGUCAAGAUAUUCUCGGUCCGAGAUUCUUUGUCCCCAAAGGCUGGGCUCCUCCGGCUUACGACUAUCAUCCUAUUAUACAUGAUACGUCUGGAUCUGGAACUGGCGAUGACUUGGAGUCUGGCACUACUCUACCUAUCGGCUACCUUCGCGCCGAAGAACGAGAUACCGCCAUACCAAGCAGUGCAGCAGGAAGCAGUCGUGCCCAACUCGACAAAGGACCACGACCAAAGGACAAGAAGAAGAAAAUCUUCGACUGCGCUAUAUGCAUGCAAGAUAUUGAAGUGCCCAUCAUCGUCUCACCGCAUGGUAUCGGAGCAUCGAGUAUGGCGGAUGGUGCGCACAUGUUUGGAGAGUUGGAUGAGGUUGAGGUUGCAGUGUCCGAUUUGUCGUGA